AGGAACGGGAAGUGGUUUCCUGAGACCGAAGUCUAUGUGAUCAAAUGAGACACCUGAACCAAUCAAUGGAACGAGGCUUGACCGGUGAAGAAGCACAUCGAUAUUUAGUUCCCAGCUGAGAAUGUCAACUAUUUUCGUCUGUUAAAGACCUUUCUCAUGUCUUCUAUCGUCUGGUAAUAUCUUCAUGCCCCAAACCCUUCCAUCAUGACUUCUCCUCCAGCAUCACCGGUUGAGAAGGAGUUCUCCAGCCCUUGUGCACGGUACUCCAAUGCGUCUUCAUCAUCCACUCUCCGUUCCAGUACAACUCUAAACUCGCUGCGACACGUAGCAAACAGCUUCGGACUGUUGCUACCGAGAGAGAAGCCAGCCGAUGUAGAACAGCAGGCUAAGCCUGAGCCUGCUGUUGGCGAGGACAAAGAUGAUGAAGAAGAUGAUGGGCCUACCUUCUCACCCGGUGGGUCAGGCCCGUAUCCAACCAAAGUACGAACACUCGAAAAAUGUCCGAACGGCUACGCACGGCUCGCAGCCUUCAAUUCAAGUGAACAAAACUUCAUGCUCUACCGUGGCUUCAGCAACGUCCAUGCACGCCUCCUCCUAAGCCUCCAAGCCAGCAUUCAGAUGCUCGAAGCCGAGCUAGACGACAUUGACCGCUUCCACGACACCCUUCCCGAGGCCUCUAAGAAGCGCCUGCGGUCCUGGGAUCUCGACGUCGCAGCCUGCAGACAAGAGAAAGAAGAAGCAAAAGAAGACGGAGACGAAGACGAAGUUCGAACGCGAGAAGAUAUCCUAGAGGAACUGAGAAUCAAAGUGAACCAAUAUGACGAGCUACUGAUCAAAGCAAGAGAGCUCGUCUCUUUCCAACGACCGACCGAGCGUGAUUACCGAAGCGUGAGGAACUGGUUCCACAAUAUUGCGCCCCUCGUAGACGAGGAGCAAGAUUACAUACUCUGGAAAGAGGAUAUCGUAACGCUCAGACAUGGGAGGGAGUGGGCGGGUUUCGACGGUAUGGUCGAAGCGAUGUUGCAUAAGAUGGAUUGCCCACUCAUUCAGCGGCUCUUCCGGACCGAUGAUCAGAGGCGCAAAUCCACGGACAAGAGGAAUUACUACUUUGCUCCUUCGAGGGUGUCGACGCUGGUCAAUCUCUUCAUUACUAUUGCACUUUUCUUGCUACUGGUAGCUCCAGUGUUGGCGAUGUAUCGUCUCUCCACUAUCAAGACGACGGAGUGCGUAUUUGCGGCUAUUGGAAUUUUGAUGGUUUUCACGCUGCUGUUUGCUGCAGCUAUGUCGCUGCUCACGAAGGCGAAGAGGCAUGAGUUGUUUGCUGCAGCUGCAGCGUAUUGUGCCGUCUUGGUGGUUUUUGUUGGGUCCACUAACUUCAAUUGACUGCGUAGUGGUGGUAUGCGUAUGCGCACCGAAUGCUGGACCAUAGACCCCACCCCUAUGGACGGCGCCGUAGGCAGCGAAGUCAUCAAGAGAAGAGAUCUUUGGAGCGGGUUUCC